CGCAGCGCUCGGCAGGUUAGUAGAAGGACACGGAGGGGAGAGAGUGUAAUGAGAGGGAUAGGGACAAUGCGUUACCGCUCGUGGAUAGUAAUGUGAACGGGUGAAGCUGCUGAGAGAGGAACGAUGAACCGGUGUGAGUUGCUCUCUUUUUCCCCGGUGACCGGCUCAAACACAGUGAGAAGUUAUUAUGUAGACUGGAGGAUGUGGCGAGAUGUGAAGAGGAGGAAGAUGGCCUUCGAAUAUGCAGAUGAGAGGCUGAGAAUCAAUGCCUUGCGUAAAAAUUCCAUCCUCCCUAAGGAACUUCGGGAAGUGGCAGAUAAAGAGAUUGCAGCGCUACCAGUGGACAGUUGUCCAGUACGAAUCCGCAACCGGUGUGUUCUCACCUCCCGACCACGUGGAGUGAAGAGGAGAUGGCGCCUGAGUAGAAUUGUAUUCCGCCAUUUAGCAGAUCACAAUCAGAUGUCUGGCAUUCAAAGGGCCAUGUGGUAGUCCAGGGCUUUACAGCUGUCACACUGUUGGUCCCUGCAUUAUUAGGACUGGUGUCUGAGCUUAUAUGUAAUGUUUAUUUUUUUGGAUACAUGGUUUGUGAUAAAUAUGUUGAUGUUCA